AUGGAGGUCACUGGUACCCUGGCCGGUCGUUUCUUUCAACGCUUCCUCCAGUCCUGUCUGUGUGCAUCCACUUCACAAGGGACUUUGGCUCGGCUGCUGCAGGCCGUGGAAGCGGAAUUGCUUGCUGUCGUCCUGCUAGCGCUGCGUCUGGGCGUCGACGAAUGGCUGCAGACUGGAAGUAGGCAGUACGGGGUAGCAGCAGUAGCAGUGAUCCAUAUCUCUCCACAGCACUCACGAGCCCAUCCCAUCUCGCAAGCGAUAAGGUCCAGUCUUCUCGAACGUGUACCCCAAGGCCAAGAUGCAGUAGCCAGCAGCUGCACAGCACGACAGCGGCAUGUCGCAACCAGAUCCACGCGAGUUGUGUGCUGUCCAAGUACCGCUACACGCGCAUGGACCCCCCUUGCAGCACCCGUCCCAGCUGGCAGCAACAACAAAAGCACUCCAGCGCUAGCGGAGGCACAUGCCGCCGGCGGCUCUGCCCACUCACAGCUGCACUGCCAGCACAGGUACCGGUACUCGCAGCAGGCCUACCGUAGCUCUAGCGUAGCUCAGGCGCCAGCCCAGCGCGGCCCACCGCCAGGAAAACUGGCCCGUCGAGUCACAGGCGCCUUGGCCUUGGGCAACUCGCCUCCGCCUUGCCCUCGGCCCCUAUUCCAGGCUCGCGCACCGGCGCUCAUUCACCCCUUGUCUUCCCUCUCGCGCGCUGCCUUCACUGCAGGUCAGAUCCAGCGUCUCUCCGACCUCUCCGCCGGCCACAGCAACAACACCAGCCGCCUUCACAAGCCCCCCUUUUUGCCCAGCGCCACCCCAAACCUGCCACGGCCACUGCCUGGGCGUUACGUCAGCACGCGCACUCCCUCGCCCCACUAUCUGCCUCCCUCGCUCCAGUCUAGUGCCUUCAUUGUUUGCGCCCAUAGCGCAUCAUUACUCAUCACCAACUUCAACCUCUCGCUAAGGCCUCUCGCCGGUGCGCCUUUUGGUCGCGUCGCAUCGCAUCGAAUCGCAGCGCAUUGCAUCGCAGUGCUUCGCUCGCUUUGGCGCAGUCGCACAGCAGCAGCCGCCAUCAUGUCCAUGUUUCGGUUCUGGAGCUCCGAGUCGCGGGGAAGCGAGAAGACCAUCAACGGGUCGCCAGCUACCGCCGCCAGUCAGCCAAGCAGAAGCUCGUCUGUCGCAAGCGAUUUAUCGGCACGACCAGUGCCUUUGAAACGAGCGCAUUGCGAUGACGACGGCGACGAAGCCCUGAGCUAUGUUGCGCCGGCAAAGCGCGCAAAGACUGGGUCCGAAGCGUUGGCUGAGCAUUCGUCAUGUCCGAGAUCUGAGCCAUGUGCCCUCGAGAGCGCCAGAGACUUGAUCCAAGCUGAAUUCUGCCAAGAAAUCCUGCUCAAGCACAAAGAGUUAAGAUUGAUCAACCAGGAGCUGGCCAAGUGCCAGAUUGCGCUUGAACAGCUGCGACGAUGCCAUCUAAUCCCGUAUCCUGUGAAUUGUCCCACCCCGCAACAAAUGUUAGAUGUCAGCGCCGGAAAAGGUCCUGCAGUAGUGGCCAAGGCCGGUGAUGCCGUCCCUCGCUGGGCUCCUCCUUUCGGCGUCGUUGAUGGACCCUACUCUCGGCACUAUGCCAAGUGGCUCAUCCCUGAUCCAGCCUUUGACGGCUUGCAGCCGGAGCUGCCUCAUGCUCCCACCCGCGGCUUCAUCGUGGAAGGAAGAACAACCAGGAACAGUAAUGGUGACUUUGGACUUGGACUUGUCAAGGGGCGCCGUGGCAACGGUGGUCAGAAGUUUGAGUCUCUGUCGAGCGGUUACCCUCCACCCAAGGACAAGGUAGGCCCAUGUGUGCUGACGCGCUCGGAUGGCCAAACCGUCAAGCUUGUCUGCCUGGACUGCCAUCGUGACAACUUCUCGAGCACUCAAGGCUUCAUCAACCACUGCCGCAUAGCACACAAGCGUGAUUUUAAGAGCCACGAGGAGGCUGCCGUCCAUUGCGGCCAGCCCUACGAUGCUUCCGAGGGGGGUAACACCUCCAAGGACAGCAAAGCAUCUGCCCCCUCUUCGGUUCCGGCCGCUGCCGCCGCCACUACCACCACCACUGCCUCCUCCACGCCCUUUGUGCAUGCCUUUGCGCGUCAUGACCUGGCCGAUCAAGACAUCUUCAAGUCUCUUCGGAUGAGAAUUUCCGACUCGCUCAAUCUUUACAACCAGGGCAAGCUGUCGGUUGUCAAAGUCCCGCGCAACGUCAACGCUGUCGCCUAUCCUGGCAAGGCACGUCCGGGCAAGGCACCGGGCAAGGCGCCGGGCAAGGCGCCGGGCUUUGGUCCUUCAGCUGAUGCGCCGCACUUGUCUCGCCUCUUGAAGGCUCGCAACUUCCAAGGCAAUCUCCAUGAUGUUGUUGCUGAUGCAAAGAAGAAGAUUUCACUGGAAUUCGCGGCUGGAGAGGAAUCCGACGCCGAAGGCUCCAUCUCUCCUAUGCGGAAUUCACCUCCUGCUCGAGCGUCGGUUGUUAUGCGCAUGCCCGCCAGAACCGCAAAGACGCCCAUCACCAUGGGCUCCUCAGCCCGUCCAACAAGCAGCAAAGGCCGUUCAGCCCACAUGCUCCUGGCUUCUCCAUCAGAUUCCGACAUGGGCAUCAUGUCUGGCAAUCACCGAUCGAGCGCGUUGCUGUCGGAUGAAGACAUGGACAUGGAGGACGCUGACUUGAGCCCCAACACGCUCGUUAGCAACAAUGCGCCUUCCCUAGUUAGUGACGACGGGGAGUACGAUGAUUCUGAUGAGGGCUCUUCCAUCUCUGGCGCAAGUGACCAGCUAGAGGCGGAAUCGGUGUCAGAUGUUGCCGAGUUUGCCCUCGAUUAUGAGGCAGACCCUCGAGGCCUGCGCCGUGAAUCUGCGAGCAUCGCAGGACCUGUGCGUCUUCGCAAGGAAGAAACCAAACCAGUCACAUUCAUCGGCCCCGUCAGAAACACUGCCAAAGAUGGACGACAACGACAUGUCUAAAGGCAUGUCAUUUUACACACCAACAUCACCCACUAUUAUCCCGGACACGAACUCUUAUAGAGCCAAACUUCCUCUUUGGAUUCUCCAUUUACUUCUUAUCACCUUUUUGUUCGCCCAUUAAGAAAUAUAACUCUGCCUUUUAGUUGUUUACGACCUUUUUUUUUAUGACGUCUCUGUUUUUACUCUCAAUUUGAAAUCUCUCUCAAAUGGUUAUUGGUUCAGGUUGGGUCUCGGCUUGCAUUUUUUUUUUCUAUACUUUUUUUUUUAUCGGCGCCGACAGGUUAUUAUUUGAGGGUAUUUUCGGAAUCUUUUUGCGUGUUUUUUUGUACUAGAAGUUCGGUUUCUUCUUAUCUCUUUUUCUGUUCAGAUGGUGUUGGCGCAUUUGGUUAAAGCGAAGCGUGCUUAAGGACUGCUCCGGCCCAGAAAUAUCAAAAGGGCGGCCGAAGCAUAAAGCGCGACCUCUUACGGGUGGCAAAGCUAUGAGAAGACUGUUUUAUUUCUUCUUCGUUUUUUUAUAUCUCUUCUCUUGUAUGAUACAGUUAAUGCCCGCGAGGUUUUUAGCGAUGACGGAAAUAAGACUGAUGGCGGGUCGAAUGGCCCCGUUUCCUACUUGCAUUGGCUGUUUGGCAAUAUUGCGUGUCGUACAAUUGUUUUUGAAAUACAUGAUGUUAUACAAGGGCAAUAUAUUGUUAUUUCAUACAUGAGUGUCAUGCUGUAACUUGAUUAGGUUGUACAGCCCAUGUAAACCCUGCCUACCCUCGCCAGAGACGAAGACUCAGCUGCUCUUGGUACAGAAUAGCGUGCAGCAUCAACACUUCUCUGCACCUUAACCGCGGCCAGAC